AUGGCAACUGGGAACAUCCCUGGAUUUAUCGAUAUUCUGUACAAUUUGGAAGACUCUAGUGUAGAGCAGCCCUCAUGGGUUCAACUCAUGGCAGCAAAUAAUCGACGCCUGGAACUGUAUGGUGAUGAUACAUGGCUGAGGCUUUUUCCUGGCGCAUUUAAGCGUUCGGAUGGAACUACCUCCUUCUACGUCACAGACUUCUUUGAGGUGGACGAUAAUGUCACACGACACCUCGAUGGCCGUUUAGCAGCUCUCCAUGAUUGGGAUCUACUGAUUUUGCACUAUCUCGGACUUGAUCACAUUGGUCAUGUCCAAGGCCCACACGGUGACGCUAUGCCAACGAAAAUACGAGAAAUGGAUAUAGUUCUUGGAAAAAUCGUAUCUGUUUUGAAUUCAAGCACGAACGACUGGCUGCUUGUUCUAACCGGUGAUCAUGGAAUGAGCGACCAGGGUAGUCACGGAGGUAGCUCCUUCCCAGAACUGACUACCAGCAUGAUCCUCAUCAGCCCCAAAUUUAAGAAUCAAAAGACUUCGAUGUGCACGAUUGAUGGGGAAGUCUUCGAGGCCAAGUCCGACCAGACGGACCUGGCUACGAUGAUGGGGCUGUUGACCGGCGUGGGUAUUCCGGCUGGCAGCAUAGGAGUGCCACCUCUUCGGGUCCUGCAGACAUUUUGGCCGCAACCCUUCCAUCGCUAUGCCAUCCUUCUCGAAUUGCUUGAACAUCUACGCAAGCUCACCAAAUGCACUGACGCCGCCUGCGACCACGAAUUUUUGACGAGCAGUGAUGUCGUGAAGCUGGAUCAGUUGCAUUCGGAAAUCUCGUCCUUGGUGCGAUUGUGCUCAGCUACGGUGCCACCACAUCCAGCAUGCGAUCGGAUGGCUACCGAAAUGGAAAAGGUAACAGCACAAGUCGUUAACUUACUCACUGCUUUCCAACGAAGGACCCUUCUCCACACAAACAACAAGAUCGCCGGUGGUUUGGUGGGCUUCAUCUGCCUUGUGAUGGCAGCCAUCUCCUUAUCUUUUUUGGUACCCGGCAUCCGAGAUAUUUUGAAUUGGGAGGAACACUCUUCUCUAAAGCCGAGCCACCGACAGCGAGCUCUGGCAUACACCUUAUUGGCGGUCAAUUCCCUCCUUGCUCUCCUGCUCCACUUGUUCUCCCUUACGGCGAGCAGUUUGAUAGAAGAGGAGCACCAGACCUGGUACUUUCUUGCCACCACCAACUGCUUCGCCCUCCUCCUCGUGUUGGCUCUCUCGGUCCGUGAUGGUGGCAGCAGUUGCAGCAGUAUCAUCUGCGUCACAUUUGUUCUCUGCCUCGACCGUUUUCUAUUGAAAUUGCUCAAUCAGACUGGAGAUAAGUGGCUUCACUUGCCGGAUCUUACCGACUGGUUAGAGGAGCACUCGUUGUUCCUAUGGAUGGCGCAGUCGUUGGCCUGGACUGGGAUCCUGCUCACACGUGGACUCCUUGCUUUGUUCACGGGGCGAUUCUCCAGGCUUCAUUUGCGCACCAUGCUGAGUCUCAUUGUGGUCGCUCUUACCCAGCUGGUCUAUCGCAUUGCAGUCCACGCUGCAGAACCGAACCGAAUGCACCUUUCCUCUUCCUCAUGGACCUCCUUGCUGCUACCAGCUCGCCUUGCCUUCUUAGCGUUAGCUGCCGAUUUGGCCGUCUGUCUGUGGUUCUCCUUCCGUCUCGUCGCCUGGUCGAAUGAUCUCAGGACAUCGUCGCCCCUCCUUAGCACCACGUCGUGCGAGGGAUGGGAAUUGCCUAGUCCCGUUCAUACCCUUGCUCUACUUGCGUGCCUCCUGGGUCGCACCACCAGCGUCCUCCUCUGGACUGGCGUCAUGAUCAAGGAGAUUCUAUUAGCUCGAGUCUUUCACACCGAAUUUGCCGCCCUGGGCUCCUCUUCCCCACAAGCCCGCUCCAAACUGAUAUACUUUAUCGUUAUGCUCUAUUGGAUGGAGGGAUGGGCCACUUUCUUUCAACAAGGUAAUUCCAACAAGUUUUCCACAGUUGAUAUGGCAGCGGGAUACGUUGGACUCUCAGGCCAUUCACACAUCCUGUCGACAAUAAUGGUUUUGUUUUAUACAUACGCAGGGCCGCUGUUUUGGCAGCUCUCCCUCUACUUUAGAUAUAUACUCAACUAUGGUAUCAAUAAGCGAGUGCUGGGAAGCGAGACGCGGAGAUCGCAUGUGAGAAACAGUGUUGUCACUUUUUCCCUGGGAUUUUUAACUUUAGCCACCACCGUCUCUGCUGUCGUGUGCCUCUUCUUUCAUUCACAUUUAUUCAUUUGGUCGGUGUUCGCUCCCAAGCUAUUCUUCAUGGCUGCCUACUGCUGUGUUUCCAUUCCAGUCUACAUACUUAUGCUUGCUUUUUGA